UCUGAGACGACGUUGUUGUUGUGGUGCUGCGCUGCCAUCGUAACGAGCCGCCGCUGAGCGCUUUGGAAGACGCGAGUGGAGUUCGACUAAAGUGGACGGAUUUGCACGGAAACGCUUGCCGAAUUAGUCCAAAGUAGGAAAAUCCGUGAUGUCGAUGUUGUAAUACACGGACACACAACACCUCAGUUCAGUAUGAACUUUACCUUCAUAGUUGAAGAUGCCAGCAGGUGAGAAUGAGACAAAACAAAAGACCAAAUCUCGUUUAGAAGAUGUUUUUAAGAGCUACACAGGACUUCCUACAGAUAAGAAAAAAUCAAAGAAAAAAAGUACUCCGAAUCAAGAGGAAAUAGCUCUUGAUGCUUUGAAAAAGAGUCUUGACCUACAGAAGAAAACUGAAGAUGACGAGACUAUCUUGAAUAACACAUACAAUUCAGAGGAACAGAGUCCACGUUUCACAAAGAAUAAACUGAGAGACCUUAAAACUGCUUCCACUGAAAAAAUAAUUAACAGUUUUUACAAUGAAGAAGAACCAAAACAUGUUAAACCUAAGAAGAAGAAAAAGAAGGAAGCAGUGGAGGAUCCAAGACAAAAUGAAGGUAACUACGAUGGGCUUGGCAUUUCAGUUAGGAAUGAGGACUCCCAGCUUCCUAAGGCAGUAACAAAUAAUCCCAUUUUAGAGUCUGAUGAUAUCAUCAAGAACUCUAGUAAAAGGACAAGAAAGGUUCCGAGGUUGCCUGAGGAAAGGGAGUUAACGACUAACAUGCAAGAGUAUGAUAUCCAGGUACAACAGACUAACGAAGAUGCAAUUAGAAUGAAGCUGAAAAAAAAGAUUGCAGAGAAGAUGAUGGAAUCAAUGGAAGCUAUUAAUCAGGAAGUGGUUUUAAAUAAUGAAACUGAGCAGAAGAAGAAGAAGAAGAAGAAAGAGAGAAUAAUAACUAUACCUAAAGAUGAAACCAGUAGUGUCCUAUCUGCACCAGAACAGCAAGAUGACCCAAUUGAAGGAACUAGUAAGAAGAAAAACAAGGAAGAGAUCGUGAUUGCUAAAAAUUCAGAUGACGCCUGGCCUAGAAAAGAGGAAAAGGAAGAAAUUAUUGAAGAGCAACCAUUGCCAAUGCCAAAAGGGAAGAAGAAGAAGAAGAAGAAAAAAGAUGAAUCAUUAGUUGAAGAAAGACCAGCUGAAGAUAUUAUUUCCGCUGAACCUGAGAGUGAAACCUUUCAAAAUGAAGUAAAGCAUUCGUUUGAUGAAAGUCUUGUACUAGGGGUUUACAUCCACAGAACAGAUCGACUAAAGACUGACAUGAUGGUGUCUCACCCCAUGGUAAAGGUUUAUGUAGUUGAUGAAACUACUGGGGAAUACUUGAGGAAGGAGAACAGCUGUCGCCCUGUUUCAUCCUUUUAUGAGCAAGAAAAGGUGGAGCAUAUUUUGCCUAUUAUGACACAACCUUAUGAUUUCAAAAAAUAUAAGUCAACUGUCCCAGAGUGGGAGGAGCAGAUUGUCUUCAAUGAGCGAUUUGGAUACUUUUUACAGGAGAAUGAGCAAAGUCCUAAAGUAAUCUUAUUUUUCGAGGUCCUUGAUUUCAUGAGCAUGGAUGAAGCCAGGGCUAACUUUGAAUUACAGACUAAGCAUGAAAGGGGCUUUCGAAAAAUUGCAUGGGCAUUUUUGAAGCUUGUAGGUACAAACAAUGUACUGAAUGUUGACAAUAAAGUUAGACUGCAGCUUUACUACCCUCAUAUAAAAAGCAGGACAAAACCAAAUAUCAUUGAAAUUUAUGAAGGUUGGAAAAAAUUCCCACGGAAUCGAUAUCCAUCAACACUUUAUGUUACAAUCAAAGGCCUAAAGUUGCCAGAAAAGGUGGACCCCAGUGUUCGCUCCAUGAUGGCUCUUCAACAGGAGAGGGGUACUACAUCGUACAGUGAGCUCCAGAGUGAAAUGGCAGGAAAGGGUGCUAGUCUACUUCAGGAUGAAAAGACAUCUGGGCUGAUGAAGUGGAGCAGACUACCUGGACAGGUGUGCCGCAUUCCAAAUAAGCUUUUCCUGUCUUUUAAAGGGGGACAGAUGGGAUGUUUUGCUGUUCGCUUCUCCCAUAAUGGCAAUAUUUUAGCAACUGCCUGUGCAGACAAGGAUGGGUAUCCCAUAGUAGCAUAUGAAAUUCCUUCUGGCAAAGUUUUAGGAGCGUUUAAUGGUCACCUAAAUAUUGUUUAUGAUCUUUCCUGGUCUAAAGAUGAUAAAAGUCUCAUCUCUGCAUCCUCUGAUGGAACUGUAAGAGUUUGGAACAUGGAAACAUUUCAAGGAUUGGUGGACAAGGUGCUCCCUCACCCCUCAUUUGUCUAUGCUUCCCAGUUUCACCCAGCUGCCCAGUAUUUAGUAGUGACCGGAGGCUAUGACUGUGUAAUUCGUAUAUGGAAUGUGAAAGUAAAAAAUGCAAAUGGCCAACUGCUUCAGGAAUUUGAUGGCCAUAAAAGCUUCAUCAACACACUUUGCUUCAGUAAAGACGGGAUAAACAUGUUUUCUGGAGACAGCUCAGGUCUCAUUAUUGUGUGGAAUACAUUUGCAGAUGAAAAUUUUCAUCUCCGUCAGAUACAGCAGUGGGGCAUUGAAAAGGAAAUACAGGAGAAUGACUUGAAAGGAGUUCCAAUAAAUCACUUGGAGGUGCACCCAAAUGGACGUCGUCUGCUAAUUCAUGCUAAAGACAGCACUCUCAGAAUAAUGGACUUGAGAAUAUUAGCUGCAAAAAAGUACACUGGAGCCACAAACUACAGAGAGAAGAUCCACAGUAACCUCACUCCCUGUGGAAGUUUUCUUUUUUCUGGAAGUGAAGAUGGCAUGGCUUAUGUCUGGAAUGCAGAGACAGGAGACCAGGUUGCAGUGUACUCUGAGCUCUGUUACUCAUCUCCACUUCGUGAUGUUGCUUUUCAUCCUCAUGAGAACAUGGUGGCAUUCUGUGCUUUUGGAUCUCACCAUCCAGUUUAUGUUUAUUUAUAUGAUCGCAAAGUUGCUCAAAUGGAAGCGGAGGCUGUGAAAGAUGUGGAAGGACAUCUUAUUGCAACAGUUCCUAAGGGGCCCAGGUUUCUGUGCAAUGUUUCAGAUGUUGCCACACUGCAGGAUUCAACAUUGGCUUCCAUGGAUGGCUUUGCAAGAUCUGCAAGGAAGUCAAUGCGAAAGCAGCAAGUGAUGCAAUUGCUGGAUUCGGUUCUGGAACCAUUACAACAUAACGUCUCUGCGACUGACUACAUGUAUGAAAAUUCAGGCAUGAUUUCUGCUAUGUCGGGAGGUUUGAUUAAUGACAACAGUAUCAGGAGUCCUGUAAGCAGUACCUACUUUCAAACGGUCAGCUCAAAUGUUUCGCUUCCUGCUCCAUCUUUGCUCUCGCCACACUCCAAACUAAGACUUCCCAGUUCAUUUGGCACUCAGCUGAUUGCUCCGCAGUCCCUGACCUCGCACAGUGGGAGGUUCAGCCCAGUCGGACAGCGUUUUGCUCGUACUCCAUCAUUCAAACUGCACACGAGUCUUGCGGAUCCCUCAGCGUCAUUCCUUCGAUUUGAAGCAAAUGUUUUGCCAACUGUUCAGCAAAGAGUUGUCGCCCUCUACGACUACACAGCGAAUCGAUCAGAUGAACUAACCAUACGUCGUGGUGACAUUAUCCAAGUGUUGUACAAAGAUAAUGAUAACUGGUGGUUUGGACAUCUAGCAAAUGGACAGCAAGGCUACUUUCCGGCUAAUUAUGUGGCUGAUGAAACGGGGUAUGAGGAGGAUUUGUCUCGCACCCUUGAACCAAACUCUGAAACAUCCAACCAGCAAGAAGAAGCUGAACAGAGGACUCCAACACCCACGAAGAUGACAGCAGUAAUCAGCAGGCGGGGAGAACUGAAGCUCAUCUCUGAGCACGAGACGGAUUCAGAAUCACCAGCAUACCAGGUCCAUAAAAAGAAAAAGAAGAAAACAACAUCCGGAAGAAAGUUGGACGCUGCCAUCCCUCAAUAUUCCUCUGAAUCUGCAGCAGUUGAACAGGAGCAGCAGCAGCAAUUUAGUGAGACUGUGAGAAAGAGGAGGCCAAAGUCACAUGUAAAACACUCUGAUGGGAGUGGAAACGUCAAUGACGGCUUUCAAGUGGACUAAUAGGUGCACAAUGAAUGCACAAGGCUGAACGGUGGGCGACAUUUUGACACCUCACUACCUGAGUAACAAAAAGAGGUUCGACUGAAAGCUACUCACUCAAACAUUUCACAAGGUCACAAUAUGGAGGCGCCAGAGAGCCACUUCUUCAUUUAUGUGACCUUCAUAGACUAGUUCUACGCUGCUCCAGGUACUUAGUCUAGGCAGAGGUUUGCUUUAUUUAUUUAGCUGCAAAAAGUAUUGUACAAUUGUAUGUAUUAUGUUAAGUCAGAUAUCUAAGGGAGCUGCUCACAUUUAUAUUGACCUUUUUUCAUCAAAAAAAAUGUUUUAUAAGAAUUAUGUAUAUAAUUCAUUUUUAUUAUUUUUAUUGUAUUUUCAAUAUCCUUUUAGGUAUAGGCGUACGAUUACACACCACUGGUAUAUACUUUUCUAAAUAUACAGUACAUCCAUCUUUAACAACUCAGUUACACGGCGUAGUGCAACACAAUCGUCAUUCCCAGUUUGUUUAAGACAAAAGAGUUGAGUGAAAAGCCUUCAGAGAUCUGUUUCUAUGGCAUCAUCCACAUCUCCAAACAAAAACGAAGUCCCACUCCAUUGAAAUAGUUCAACUUUUUGUGAUGAACUAGGGGGCUUUGCCCCCUGCUCGCUUCACUCGCCAACCCCUUUUCCUCCCCGGCGCUUAGAACAUUUAUCACGGGACGUGAAAGCGUUUCUCUUCAAAAGAUCCCGCCUCGUCAGGAUAGAGAGAUAUGAAACAGAUCUUGUAUUACAUUUAUUUUUAUAGCACCAGCUUAAAGGAAUACUCCACCCAAAAAUGAUAUUCUUUCUGUAAGUUACUUACUCCAUGUAGUUUGUAGUAAUAGCCGAGAAAAAGGUUUAAUGUCACGUUCUCAGGCAGAACAGAGAGAGACGUUUCUGAUACAAGUAGGCAUUUGAGGCGACAAAGCAAAUGACAUCAAAAACUCCGACAUGACUCGUAUCAUGCAAUUCACAUGUCAAGCCACUCACUCUGUCGUAUGCUCACAACAUGGGCAUACAAUUCCUGUGCCCGCACUACUCUCAUUUAUUUAAUAAUGUUUUGGAAAAAAAGGCAUUUUUUUCACAUUGUUAGCAUAUGGCUGAAUAAAUGACAUGUGAGAAUUUUUCCAUGGGCAUUUUUGGAAUUUGCUUAGAUGUUAUCCACCAUAGACUUUUGUUCCACCAGGAAAGUUUGUUCUCUCUUCUCCAUGAAAAUAUUCCGUUCAUUUUUUGUCAACCACUACAAACUACAUGGGGUAAGCAACCAAAAAAAAAAAGUCAAUUUUUUGGGUAGAGAACUCCUUUACAUUAAAUAGAAAUGUAUUAAUUUAUAUACACAGUUAUAUUUUUAUGUAGUAAUAAUCUAAAAUUUCCUUAUUUUCCUGCUUGACAAGUAAAAAUGCUUUUCUUCCGUAAUGAUGGUUUAAAAAUGUGUGUCACCAGUUCAGUGUGGUUUCACCUCAUAAGUCAAAUGUGCACUUUCUUUAAAUGUCUAAUUUGAUACAAUCCAUAAUAUGCUGUUUUAUCCAAUCAAACAUAUUUGCAGGCAAAUGUAUUUGAUAUCCUUGAGCUGCAUGUCAAUGAAAUUGUUUUCUAUAAUAAUAAUAUUAUGAUUUAUAAAA